AUGACUUGUCCUACUAACAACCCUUCCGCGCGUCGAGACGAAGCCGAGGCCAAAUUCAAACGCAUCUCCGAGGCCUACGACGUCCUCUCCGACCCUCAGAAGCGUCAGAUCUACGAUCUUUACGGCGAGGAAGGCCUCAAAUCCGGCAUAAUCCCCGACUCCAACGAGGCUUCUUCUUCCUCCGCGAGACCGCCGCAUUUUUACCACCACCAGCAUAGGCAGCACCCGCCUAACGCGUCGUCGUUUCGUUUCAACCCUAGGGACGCUGAUGAUAUCUACGCCGAGAUCUUUGGACCUGAAGGUGGAGGAAGAGGACAUAGAACGUUUAGGAACGGUCAUUUCAAUCCCGGUGGGCAUAGCAGUGAGCUGAGGAAAGAUCCAGCUGUGGAGAAGCCUUUGCCUUGUAGUUUGGAGGAUCUUUACAAAGGUGUGAAGAAGAAGAUGCGGUUAUCAAGAAAUAUAUACGAUGCUUUUGGUAAAAUGAGGGUUGUUGAUGAGAUAUUACCCAUAGAGAUAAAACCCGGGUGGAAGAAAGGGACAAAGCUCACAUUCCCUAAGAAAGGCAAUGAAGAGCCUGGAAUCAUACCAGCGGAUAUCACCUUCAUCGUUGAAGAGAAGCCACAUUCUGUUUACAAGAGAGACGGAAACGACCUUUUGGUCAAUCAGGAGAUCACAUUACUUGAAGCACUAACGGGGAAGACCCUUGAUCUGGUCACUCUUGAUGGGAGGACUCUUGUGAUUCCGCUAAACGAUGUCAUCAACCCGGAUCAUGAGGUUGUUGUUCCGAACGAAGGGAUGCCAGUCUCUAAAGAACCAGGGAAGAAAGGUAACUUGAGGUUGAAGCUUAACGUGAGAUAUCCGUCGAAGCUGACGGGAGAGCAGAAAUCCGAGUUGAAGAGAGUUCUUGGUGGGGUCUCAUGAAGAACUUGAUGAUGGUGUGAUGAUGAAUGUAGAUAGGAAAAAGUAGAGGAGAGGAUAGAUUGUGAAUGGUAGGAUGGAUUCUGAUUCUUAUGAGGUGGCGCUUGGAUUUGAAAACCGAAGAACACACAUAAGCUUUGCUUCUGUCUUUUUUUACUUCUCUUGUUUGGGAUUAGACUUUUUUUUCUAGUUUUUAUUUAUUUGAUUUGGUUGGAGACCUUUUAUGUGAUUGUACUCCGAAUAUUUGGAGAAUGCUUUGUUAUCUAUUUAUCUUUCUAAUAAAAUUCAAAUGUGCCC